AUGUUGUUGGAAGAGCAGCGAUACAUUGCCGAGGACCUCGAGCGCCUCGAGCAAGGCGUCGCGGAUCGCAUCGGCGAGGAGCCCAAGGUGAUCCGCGAUCGCCUCAACCGAGACCAUGAGGUAUCUCAGCUCCUUGACCAGAUACAGAAACAAUCCGCAGAGAUGUUGUCUUUGUAUCGCGAUGCUAAUGGCCUCCGGUCCAAAGAGGUCCUGCAGAUUGGCAGCGGCGACCCUUUCGAAGAGUUCUACAAACAGGUGAACGAAGUGAGGGAGCACCACGCGCGAUACCCGAAUGAGCAGGCAGAGAAUUCCGAGAUCCGUUACCGGCAGCGCAAGACGGGCGACGAGCCUCUGCCUUCGCUUGUCGAUUCGAUGUUUUCUGGCGAGGAGGCCUACGGACGCUACUUCGACCUACACGCCUGCCACGAGGAAUACAUCAAUCUUCCCAACGUCAAGCGCCUGGGCUACCUGCAGUACCUUCAAAUUUUCGACAACUUUGCCCCCGGCCAUGGCGGUGUCAAGAGGGCGGACAAAUUGACCGACCAAUACUUCAAGUACGUUGGCGAGUUGGCAGAAUACUUGGAGAGCUUUAUGCGCCGGACGCGACCGCUGGAGAAUGUCAGCAAGGUGAUCGAGUCCUUCGACAAGGAGUUUGGAGAGGCAUGGGAGAAAGACGAGGUCGAGGGCUGGACAAAUGAGUCGGCUGCUGCCACGGUGGCAGCGAAGGAGUUGAGCACUGCUGACGCUGUAUGGUGCGAUGCUUGUGAGAAAGAAUUCAAGAACGAGAACGUGUACAAGGGGCACCUGAAUGGACGGAAGCACGUCAAGGCAGCGCAAGCCCUCGCGGAGAGGCAGCAAGGCGCCGCAGAUUCCGCUGUCGCAUCUGGGAAAUUCUCUGCGACAAGAAUGAAGGAGCGCGUAGUAGCCGAGAGAGAGUUCAGGGUGAAACGCCUCGCCAGUGCUAUGAGCACCGAGCGAGAGGAUACCCGGGUCAAUGUGGAGCGGCGGCAAGGAAUGACUGAGAGGGAACGGCAACAAGAACUCGACAAUCUGUUCAGUAUGGCGGAGCAGCCACCACAACUUGCCGAGUCAAAUGAUCCAGAAGGCGAGGACGGCGAGGAGAAGAUCUACAACCCCCUGAAGCUACCGCUGGCCUGGGACGGCAAGCCCAUCCCAUUUUGGCUCUACCGGCUGCACGGCUUGGGCGUGGAGUUCCCAUGCGAGAUUUGCGGCAACUUCGUCUACAUGGGCCGCCGCGCCUUCGAGAAGCACUUUAACGAGGCACGGCACAUCUACGGCCUGAAGCGGCUCGGUAUCAACGACACCCACCUUUUCCGGGACAUCACAGGCAUCGAGGAAGCGCUUAAGCUCUGGGAUAAGAGACAGCGUGACAAGAAGGCGAACAGGAUUGAGGACGGGAGCAUCGUUCAGAUGGAGGAUGCCGAGGGUAAUGUGAUGCCGGAGAAGGUGUACUAUGACUUGCAGAAGCAAGGUUUGCUGUAG